AUGGUGUAUCGCCCAGCCAUCAUCGACCGAGGAGGUCGCUACAGCCGUCACUGUCCUCGUACGGGAUACAACAUGUCAAUUUGCUAUAUGGUAUGGGGAGGUUCCAAUAACAUCGAGAGAGGAGUCACGGUGGACUUGGGCUUCUCCAACUCGACGACAUACGACGCGGAGACGCAGGUGGCUUCCAUUCGACCUGGCUCGCGAUGGCGUGGGGUUUACGAGACUCUCGAUCCCCUAGGCGUCACCGUUCUGGGCGGGCGAGCUGCCUCAGUUGGUGUGGCGGGUUUCCUGACAGGCGGAGGGAACUCCUUCUACUCGGCGAAGAAGGGAUUCGCGUGUGAUAACGUGGUGAACUUUGAGGUCCGCCUGAUGAUAAUACCGUAUCAAGGGGGCAGGGAGAUCAUCAAUGCCAACUCUGAUGAGAAUCCAGAUCUCUACCAGGCCUUGAAGGACGGCCAGUCCAACUUUGGCAUCGUCACACGAUUUGACAUGCAGGGUUUCACCGCCCCUUUACUCUGGGGAGGUGUAGUGCAGUACAACAAGACGACCGGCCCCCAACACAUCGACGCCUACGUCGACUGGACGAACAAGGUGCAGGACGACGUCAACGGCUCCGCCAUCGUCUUCUGGACCUUCCAGCCUGCGCUUCAGGAGAUCAUCAUCGUCGGGGCCUACGAGGACACCGGCGGCAACGUGGCGGCCCCGGCAUUCGACGAAUUCCUGGCUAUUCAGGGCAACCUGUCAAGCACCAUGAGAAUCGCCAGUCACCUUGAAUUAACCAACGAUCUCGAGCAGCCGAAGGGGUACCGCGACAUAUGGUGGACGGGCACCAUCAAGAAUGACAAGCGCGUGUACGAGAAGAUCGUCGCUCUGCAUGAGGAGCUGUGCGACUUCAUGUCCGCGCAGUCGCCCGACGGAGACUCCGUCACGCAGGCCAUGUUCCAGUUGAUACCCACCAUCUUCACCAAGCACAGCGAGGAGAGGGGCGGCAACGAGCUCGGCCUCGACCGUGAGACGGAGAACGUCGUCAUGGUGCUCAUCACCCUUGCCGUCAACGGGGAAGAACAGCAGGCCGUCGCCCAGGAGCAGGUGCGCAAGCUCGGAGACGAGACGAUGGCGUUCGCCGCCAGCCUGGGCUCGAAGGUCGAGUGGGAGUAUAUCAACUACGCCUACAGCUGGCAGGACCCGCUGGCGAGCUACGGGGUCCAGAAUGUGGCCAAGAUCCGAGAGAUGGCGGCCAAGUUUGAUCCCCAGGGCAUCUUCCAGACUCGGGCGCCGGGUGGCUUCAAGAUAUCAAAGUCUACCGGUACUGCCGCUUAA